UGUUUCUUCUAUAUGUUUUUGGGGAAAACAACUCCUAACAUGUUCUUUUAGCUUGAUUGCAAUUUACAUUUCCUCUACCUAUAACUGACUUGCUCCUCCUCCAAUCCCCUGGACUCGCCUUCUUUCACAGAACAAUUUGCAGAGCAAUUCAUUUCUUGUGUUUCUCCCGCUUGGAAGCGCACACUGGUCUUUCCUGAAAGCUCCAUUGUGUACUUAAGAUGGAAUCAAAACUGGAUCAAAAAACUUCUUUUAAAGAUGGAAAUUCUCAGUGUGAGAAGAUGUGUGUGGUCCUGAGCAGUCCUGUGGGAAGAAUUGAGAUAAGCGGAUGCAGUAAAGGAGUUCAUGAAAUCCAACUGCAGGGAAAUGGUCUGCCAUACAUUGGCACUACAAAGUCCUUGACUUCUUGUGAAGUAAGUGAAGCCCCGAAGGAAAUGACAGAGCCACUGAAACUGUGCGUAGCCUGGCUUCAGGCCUAUUUCUGCGAGCCCAGGAUGACAGAGAAACUGCCUAUGCCUCCUUUCCACCAUCCACUUUUGGAACAAGCUUCAUUCACCAGAGAAGUGUUGUGGACCCUGUUGAGAGAUGUGAAAUUUGGAGAAGCAGUUUCUUACAAGCAAUUAGCAGACCUGGCAGGCAACGGCAAAGCAGCCAGAGCAGUGGGAGGAGCGAUGAGAAGAAAUCCUGUCCCGAUUAUAAUACCAUGCCACAGAGUGAUUUGCAGCAGUGGACAGGCUGGCAACUACACGGGAGGAAGUCAUCUGAAAGAGUGGCUUUUGUCACAUGAGAAGCUUCAGAAGGAAAAGUUAGCAUAUUGAUGCAGUUCAGGCACAGCUGUUAUACAGCCAAAACACAUAACCAAAGAUACUUGGCUUAUAACAAGCUUUCGGAGCACACUGUAGAAUUCAGGAAAAUGGUAAAUAUUUGAGUGACAUAUAAAUAUAAUACAACAUCCGAAGCGAAAUGUGUGGUGGCACUACUAUAUUAAAAAAGCUGAAUGUGUCCUUGGGGAUAGCGCUUGUAUGCCCUUUCUUGUUUUUACAUUUUACAGCAGAAUGAGUACAGCGGACUGUGCCUGUUGUGCAUGUAUUUUGUUCCCAUCUCCAGCGCUGUUUUGUUCUAUUUUUAAUGUCCAUUAAAGCAAGGAUAAGGGAGUGGGAGGGGCAUGGCAAAUGUUAGAUGCAACUGCCCCUCUAAGGAAGCAUCUGGCUCACAGAGGGGACAGCCGGGAAUCCGAAGCCUUUUGCGUGUGUUCGGAGAGCAAAAUUAAAUGCAUAAGCUUCAACACACACACCUCCCUCUGUUCCUGCCUGGAUGUGUAUUUGUCCAGAUUGAAAAGCUUGUCCCUCUGCCAGGCUUGGUGCCCAAGAUUCUCCUGUUUUCUUUGAUGUUUGAACUGUUGAAAUGAUGUUUUACGUAAACAGUUGUUAAUGAAACACACUGAAAACCCAUUCAAAGGAAACAGCUAUUGAAUUGCCUAUUCACAGCUUUUCUUUUCAGAUCACUGUAGAUGGCUUAACAGAUAUGAAUAAAAAUAUUUUGUCUCUAUUAGCAGUGCUUGGUUUAGGCAGGGAAAAAAUAGAUGCUGAUAAAAUAGUUUAAUGGCAACAUAAAUGUUUUUAUGCAACUAUGCAACUGAGUUACAAUACCUUUUGCCAGAAUUUAGUAUAAUUCUUUCCAGUUCUGAUUCUUUCCCUGUUCCUGUCUGAUCAGCAGUGAUUAUAUCCUUUAUUUAGCAUUUGCUUUACUUA